AUGAGCUCGAGCUAUUUUCACCGUGUCGUUGCACAGAGCCGGCGAAACCCUUGUCUCUCCGACCUCUGCGAAUUUCUCCAACAGCCAACUCGAGCCCAUAACCAGUCUCGCACAGUAUGUAUAGACAUCUUUGAACAGCCUGUGCCUGUAACCCAGAGAGAGAUUUCCGCAAAUGAUUUUGGUCAUGAGCUGCGCAAGCCAAUAGAUCAGCCAGAAUUCUUUGCGCCCGAUCACAGGGGCCGAAUCUUGAUCAUUGAAGAUAUCUCUAAACCUGCGUUGGAAGAGUUAGGGUCUUUCUUCGAUAUUGACCCUUGGUUCUUUGCUUCCUACGUGCAUCAAACGUGGCGCAAAACUAGCACACAGAGUCCUGCAAAUUGCUCUCUGCCUUCACGAGAGAAGAAACAGAAUUUCCUGCCGCUGCAUUACCAUAGGAUUGUAGCUUUGCAACAGAAAGAUACGACUCUGAGAUCAGUAACACGUAAUACAAACCAGCAACGCAAGGCAGUCAUACUUCCGUCGCUAGAUGGAGAACGUAUUGGCUUGGUGCAGCAUAGUGCUUCAGUCAUGUUAAUAAAUCCUCCUGCACAGAUUUGGACCGCCAUCAUCCUCGUCGACCCGCCCAUCAAGAACAACUAUAUCCCAUCGAAACGAAAUAGUCGGCUCCCGCCGAAUCUAGAUUCCAAAACUUUCCUUGGCGGGUACGAAGAUUUCUCUGACAUUAAAUCUCCAGUCACUCCAAGCGAUACUGGAAAUCACCGCCAUGUAGCUCAAGCAUCUGAUCGAGCGAUGCUUGACGAGCUCGUCUACUACUGGACACACCAACGUCCUCAAGCCUUCGACCCUUCCGCCCCGGCGCUCCAGCACUUCUCCUACUACCCUCUUAAGAUCGUCGCUGCCGAAUGGGUAAACUACAUCGCCGUCCUGGGCCUCAGUCUACGCGAAUAUGAACUUCGCACUUCGUUAACGGGCAACCUCAUUGCUGAGCUGGAAUCUCUCAACACGAACCUCCGAAUCCUACAGGGCUGGCGCCGCCGCAUUCUUUCAACACAAGCUAAACUGCAUCGCAACAUGCGCUUUAUCAGAACGCGCUCGAAUGGUUCUUCUACUGAGGACUGGGAAGAUAUGUUAGAAGAUUAUGAGUUCUUGGCAAGCGAAGUGGCGAAUUAUGGCGACAAACUAGAGGCUAUGGUACCACUUGUCACGUCUGCGGCUGCGCUAAUCGAGAGUCGAAGGGCGCUGACGGAGACGGAAAACGUGACGCGGCUCACCGCGUUGGCGGUGAUUUUUAUCCCACUGAGUUAUGUAGCGGCACUGUUCAGUAUGGCAGACGCUUUUGCUCCAGGGGGGCAGUUGUUUUGGGUGUAUUUUGUGACAGCAGUGCCUCUGGCAGUAGGGGUAGGGCUUGUUGCUAAGGUGGAUGUGGUGGCUGUCGUGAGAAAGUCUUGGGAGAGGGUGAGACGGUGGAUGAGAUCUUAUUGUUCUCGAGUCGUGUCUCCAUGA